UCUGUCAGAGAGAGCAUCUGUCAAGCCCACAUUUAAACUGCUGCCUGCCUGUGCAGCAGCUGAGGAAACGUGGGUUUCAUAUUAUAGACUAAAACCCCAGGAAAACUGAUCAAAAUCCUUCCUGCAGCUGCCAGGCAACAACGAGAGAGAGUUAAAGCCUGGUCUUUUCCAACACAAGCGAAGAACUCCAUUCUAGCUCUGGCUGCUUUACACUGCAGCUCCGUGGUAUUACUAGAAAUAUGGAUACUGAGAAGAGAAUACAGCACUGCAUUGUCCGGCCAGCAAAACAGCAGAUGUAAAAAGCUUCAAUGUAUCGACUGUCGGGAAGGGUCCACAGUGUUCCAAACAGAACGGACAACUACAGCUCUUUUGUUUAAAGAAAGAGAAAAUGAAAGACAGGAAAAGCCGCAGAAGAGCAGGACCCCUAUGAAGAAGGAGGGUGCCUGGAGGCCAGGCAGACAGACGGACACUUUGCAGGCUGUGAAAAGCAAUCGCAGGCGGCAGACUGCUGGGGGAUGUACGCAUGUUCCAUAGCAUCUUUCUGCUGAAGUGAUGGCGUGCCCAAAGUACGUUCAGUGGGUUUAGUCCUCUCCACACAAAUGGCCUGACCAAGGAAGAAUGACUGCAAGGGAGACAAUGUGACCGAAUGAGAAAAUGAUCACCAAAGAACAGUACUGAUUCAGCAGAAGAAAACCUUCUCAGCCACCAGUGUCUCACCCCCCGUUCCUGGAUACUUACAACAUGCUGCAGUGGAGGAGAAGGCACUGCUGCUUUGCCAAGAUGAGCUGGAAUGCCAAGAGGUCGCUAUUCCGCACCCACCUCAUCGGCGUACUUUCCCUAGUGUUCCUUUUUGCCAUGUUCUUGUUUUUCAAUCAUCACGACUGGCUGCCAGGCAGAGGUGGAUUCAAAGAAAACCCUGUGACCUACACUUUCCGAGGAUUUCGUUCCACAAAAAGUGAGACAAACCACAGCUCUCUUCGGAACAUUUGGAAAGAAACGGUCCCUCAAACUCUGAGGCCUCAAACAGCAACCAACUCCAAUAACACCGACCUUUCACCCCAAGGAGUUACAGGGCUAGAGAAUACACUCAGUGCCAACGGAAGUAUUUACAACGAAAAAGGUACCGGACAUCCCAAUGCUUACCAUUUCAAAUAUAUUAUCAAUGAACCUGGAAAAUGCCAAGAGAAAAGCCCGUUUUUAAUACUACUAAUAGCUGCAGAACCUGGACAAAUAGAAGCUAGAAGAGCUAUCCGGCAAACUUGGGGCAAUGAAAGUCUAGCAGCUGGUAUCCAAAUCACGCGAAUUUUUUUGUUGGGUGUCAGUAUUAAGUUAAACGGCUACCUGCAACGUGCCAUACUGGAAGAAAGCAGACAGUAUCAUGAUAUCAUUCAACAAGAAUAUUUAGAUACAUACUAUAAUCUGACCAUUAAAACACUAAUGGGCAUGAACUGGGUUGCAACAUACUGUCCACAUAUCCCUUAUGUUAUGAAAACGGACAGUGACAUGUUUGUCAACACUGAGUAUCUGCUACACAAAUUACUGAAGCCAGACUUGCCUCCCAGACGGAACUAUUUCACUGGUUACCUAAUGAGAGGAUACGCACCCAACCGAAACAAAGACAGCAAAUGGUACAUGCCACCAGACCUUUACCCAAGCGAGCGCUACCCGGUCUUCUGCUCUGGGACCGGGUAUGUUUUCUCGGGAGACCUGGCCGAGAAGAUAUUUAAGGUUUCUUUAAGUAUCCGCCGUCUGCACUUGGAAGAUGUAUAUGUAGGGAUCUGUCUCGCCAAGCUGAGAAUUGACCCUGUGCCUCCGCCCAAUGAGUUUGUGUUCAAUCACUGGCGAGUUUCUUACUCAAGCUGUAAAUACAGCCACCUAAUUACCUCUCAUCAGUUCCAGCCUAGUGAACUGAUAAAAUACUGGAACCAUUUACAACAAAAUAAGCACAACGCUUGUGCCAACGCAGCAAAAGAAAAGGCAGGCAGGUAUCGCCACCGUAAACUACACUAGAAGACAACUUUUCUUUUCCCACGUGCAAUCUGUAAAAUAUUGCUAAAAGCAUGUAUAGUUAAAACUGAGUACACCCAUAGGACAGGUUUUAGUUAAAAUUCACCACAUGAAAGAAUUCCAAAAAUAUUUCUUUUAAUUUCUGAAGAAGGUAAUUCUUAAAAAUACAUUAUAUAACAGAAAGGUAUCCUGAAAGAAUCUAUACAAAAACUGUUUAAGGGGAUUCUGUGUAUUAACAUGCAAUAACAAGCAUGCAGACAUCAAUGGUUCAAGUCUUAUGUUAGGGGCCAUUAAGAUGUAUUUGCAUAUAUUUCCCACAUCAAUUUUAAUUUAAGAAAUGGGGGCAGUCAAAAGACCCCUCAUUUUAGAUUCAGUUUUUCAUUUCAGUAUAUAAUCACAUGUAAAUAAAACAUUACUGUCAAUUUUAAGGAAACUUUGUAAUUGUGCAAAGGACAAAUUUUCUGACCUGACUAUUUUGGGGUUCUAAAAACCGUAUUCCAUGCAAUAAGAGUUAGCUGAGUUAUUCCAGAAACGCAUUUACAAAGUUCAGAUGUUUCAUCAAUGCAGUUCUCAUCUUAAGUAUUUACUUUUUAAAAGCGACUGAGAGAUUCAUUUCCUUUUAUUAAUACAUAUAAUUGGGGGAAAUUAUUUUGACGUGAUAAAAUGUGAAAAAUCGAUGUGUCUCAGGCUCAAGUUUUUAUAAAAGCAAAAAAUUAAAUGUUUCAAAGUAGACAAAUGUGUUUCCUCGUUGGUGUUAAAGGGCCAAGCUAGUAUUUCAACGCAUUAUUCAACUUGAUCAGUUAUUGCAGUCUUAAGGAACACCACCACUUAACUUCAAGACGCUCUGUAAAAAUACACCUUGUUUCUCUAACUGAAGCAGAAGUGACGACUUACAGGCACAAAGAGAAUGUGCUGUUGAAAAAUGAUAAAGGAUAAAGAGUACAGCAGCAGUUUCAUUCAAUCCAUUUUUAAGAUGCAUGGCUGCCAAAUGCAACAUACGGGAAGUUUAUUUCCUGACAGCAGGUGUACACAUGCCAAUACUUAAUCAUCUUAUGGCACCUACUUCUUUCUCUGAGUGCCAAGUUUACAAACCUGCAGUUUUUAAUUUGGUAGGUGACAAAUAUUCUGCAUCACCAAUUAAAAACCUUUUUGGGGGGACUGGGGGGAAACUACAAAUGCUGAUGAACACUAAAUUCUAGGAUGAACAAUGUAUACAAUGCACUUUUAUCAAAUUUUUAAUAAAAAAGGUAAAGAAAAA